UGUACCUACUCUCUGUCUUAGUGCUGAAACCUGAAUUUAUUUUACUUUGCACAUUCCAUUUUUUUGUUUACGUAAAAUCGAAUUUUAGGCGCGGAUUUAAGCAUACCAAAAUUUAUUGCAGAGAACUAUGUGAUAAUGAAAUUACAAUAUAUCUUAUAAAUUCCCUAAACAUUCACCUUACUUAUUGCCGUUAGAAAGUGCUGCUAUUUACCUACCAUAUUCUAGAUAUUAUCAUGGCUAGCAAAAUCGAGUUGAAUCUAAAUAGACUGCUAGACGGAUUGGGCAUCGAUGGAGAUGAAAAUGAUUUCUGUGAUUUUACAAUAGCUGAUCAAAAUUCUGUUGCGGAAUCUCAAGGAAUAACACCUACCACGCCAUCAAAUUAUAAACCAGUUCUUGGUAGUAAUGUAACUUACGUCGUAGCCUGCGUGAUAUUGAAUGAUAAUGAUGAAAUUUUAAUGAUGCAAGAAGCGAAGGAGAGCUGUGCUGGGAAAUGGUAUUUGCCCGCAGGUCGAAUGGAGCCUAGGGAGACCAUUGUUCAAGCAGCUGCUCGGGAAGUGCUUGAGGAGACUGGCUUAAACUGCCGACCGGAAACAUUAUUAGUCGUCGAAACAGCUGGUGGAACAUGGUACAGGUUUGUUUUAACUGGCAGAAUCCUUGGGGGAGAACUUAAAACACCAGCAAAGGCUGAUAAAGAGUCCUUACAAGCAAAAUGGAUCUCAAAUCUGGAUGAAAUCUCAUUACGAGCUAAUGAUGUAUUACAUUUAAUUGAAAAGGCUAAAUCAUACAAAAACAGCCACCCGGGUGUAAAUUGGCAUAAAGAUAUUUUACCUGCUAACGUGCCACAUUCAAAGGAUAUGUUAAGGUUAGUUGUUCUAAUAAAAAAGAGAAGUACAAAUCGAAUGCAUGUAUUAUUAAGUGAAAAAACUGCCAUACACUUUCCUACGUGUGAAAUACAUCCGGCAAAAAGUGUUCAUUCAACACUAAGGAGAUUUAUGGUUGAAAUGUUUGGAGCAGAUGUUGCCCAGCACAGACCUUUGGGACUUCUUAAUGUGGAAGCAGAUCCAUCUGCAGAUGGCUGCUGUUUAACAUUGUUAGUAGUGUUCAGACCACCUCUUGAAGAGGUCCCAUUAAUUGGUAAAUGUGUAUGGCAUGAAUUGCCUCAAAGCAUUGAAAAGAAUCUAAUUCCUUAUGUGUCACAAAAAAAUUCAACCAUUGAAUUACAUGUUGUCCGCUAAGACAAAUGAAAUAAUACACUUAAUUACUCUUGUCAUAAUUAUAGAUGAUAUAAUACUCAUUUUUCAUGAUUUAUUGAAUCUCUGUUAACAUAUUAUAUGAUAUAUUUAUGUAAAUUGUCAAAGUUCUUUGAAAAAGAAUUCUUGUUGUGUUUGUAUUACUUACAUUAAUUUAAUUGUAUUAUCAAUUAGAAUGUAAUGGUGUUGGAAUGUAGGACAAUAUACAUAAUGUAAAUGAUUAUUUACUUACCUUACUAACUUAUUACUUGGAAGUAACUUGACAUUCCACUCGUGAAUAUUUGUACAAAUGAUCUAGAUUAUAUAUUUUUUUUACUAUAAUAUUGUUUUGAGUGUAAUACUUUUUGUUACAUUGAAAGUUGACAUAUUAUGAGCUGCCAUGUAUAUUGUUCAUUUUAUUUAAUUGAUCGAGAGUUUGAUAAGUAUAUUGAGUAAGUAUAUGAUCAUUUGUAUUAUUAAUGAUUUUAUGCUAUUUUGUUAAUAAUAAUAAAAAUAAUACACUAUGUAGACAGAAUAUGCAUAAUUUUUCUGGUUUAGCACAUGCUUCUCCUGAUAAAAUCAUCUGGUUUUAUGAUUACAAAAAAAUAAUUGCCAUUAUUCCCACCAGUAUUUACUUUGAUCAAUAUACUUAUUAAAUAUUACUUGUAUUUGGUAAACGGUGCUAGCUGUUAUAUAUUGUACUAACUGUAGUUAUAAAUGUUAACAUACUAAAUAUAUAUAUUUUAUAAAAA